AUGGUCGACUGGACCGAUGCACAAACCCGUAUCCUUAUCAACGAGCGUAGAAAUAGGAACGAAGAAUAUCAUAACUUGGGAAAAGUGAUGUGUGAAUAUAUGAAUGGAAGUCGAACAGCUCGAAGGAGUCGAAAUAUUUUGAGGAGUCAUUUUUGGGAAAAUCCUGAAGAUCCUUUUGAUAGGAUUCGCAAUAUGAAUAUCUCUAAUUGUAGACGAGGCAGAGGAAUUGUUUCGCCUGCACCUUCUAUUGAAGUGGUUGAACAGGUACUAGGCCAAAGAACAUCUAGUCGGAGAAGUCGGAGCCGACGCAAUCAAAGAAGUCGUACGCGUUCGGAAUCAUCAUCUCGUAAUGAAGAUGGUAAUACAGGAAACCCAGCCAGAGGAGGGAAUAACACGACAACUUCAUCUGUUCAACCACCAUCUUAUGAAGCUUCUACUAGCAAUCAGCAAUCAUCUAAUAGUGCGGAGGGGAUACAAAUGGUAUCGGGUAAUAUUAUGAGGAAUGUCUCUAGAUUAUGCACAGCGCCUUCGGUUAAAUAUAUUUGA